AUGGGACUGGGAGCCAUGGCACUGUUUUCUCUCCAAAGUAAGCUUUCUCCGUUGUCACUGCUAACUCGACCCUCCUCAACAAAGAACCUUCCCUCUGUUAUUGCCACUGUUACUAGGCGACGAGCCAUAGUCUUUGGUUCUAACCUUGUAGUGGCUUCCUGGCUCAGUUUGGUUAAUCUCUAUUUAGCACCGCUUGCACUAGGGUUAAUUUCGUCCACCAAAUCGUUGUUUAUUUUUUGGGAUUUAUUACUCUUAAGUAACAUGGUAAAAAAGAGGUGUACUCCUCCAGAGGAUCCAAUCAAGUGCUCUUCAAAGAACACAAGCUGCACUAUCACAAACUCCUAUGGCAUCUUCCCUGAUAGAAGCAUCUGUCAAGCUGCUCUAGUUUUGUACCCAACAACUGAGGAAGAGCUUGUGUCAAUGGUUGCAUCAGCAACUAGGAACAAAAGUAAGAUGAAAGUUGCUACCCGUUUUUCCCACAGCAUUCCAAAGUUGGUAUGCCCUGAAGGCCAAAAUGGGGUGCUGAUAAGCACCAAAUAUCUCAACCAGAUACUGAAGAUUGAUGUGGAAGCAAGGACAAUGACAAUGGAGAGUGGUGUGACAAUGAAGCAGCUCAUCAAUGAAGGUGCAAAGGCUGGGUUGGCAUUGCCAUAUGCACCAUAUUGGUGGGGCUUGACAAUUGGUGGCCUUAUGGGAACUGGUGCUCAUGGAAGCACAUUGUGGGGGAAAGGAAGUUCUGUUCAUGAUUAUGUUGUGGAGCUUAGUAUUGUUAGGCCUGCAGGUCCUGAAGAUGGAUAUGCUAAGGUUGAGAGCCUACAUGAACAUGAUGAAAAUCUCAAUGCAGCCAAAGUAUCACUGGGGGUGCUGGGAGUUAUUUCACAGAUUACUCUAAAACUAGAACCCCUCUUCAAGAGAUCCAUCACCUAUUUAACAAAAGAUGAUUCGGAUUUGGGAGAGCAAGUGGGAGCUUUUGGACAUGAACAUGAGUUUGCGGAUAUAACGUGGUACCCAAGUCAACACAAGGUUGUUUACCGUGUUGAUGAUCGUGUCCCCAUUAAUUUAUCGGGCAAUGGUCUCUAUGAUUUCAUACCUUUCCGUCCCACUCCUUCACUUGAAUUGGCAAUCUUAAGAACCACAGAGGAUGCUCAAGAAUCCACUAGUGAUGCUGAUGGAAAGUGCGUGCUUGCAAAGAUAACAACGAAUGCCCUUGUUACCGCUGCUUAUGGACUUACUAACAAUGGUAUAAUCUUUACUGGAUACCCUGUAAUUGGAUUUCAGAAUCGCCUGCAGGCAUCUGGGUCAUGCUUGGACAGUAUUCAAGAUGCAAAGAUCACAGCAUGUGCUUGGGACUCAAGGGUGAAGGGAGAGUUCUUUCACCAAACCACAUUUAGCAUUAGCUUGUCUAUUGUGAGAAAUUUUAUUGAAGAUGUGCAAAAACUAGUUAAAUUGGAACCAAAGGGAUUGUGUGGCAUAGAGCUUUAUAAUGGAAUUCUCAUGCGCUAUGUCAAGGCUUCAAGUGCAUACUUGGGAAAACAAGAGGAUGCUUUAGAUGUUGAUAUCACAUAUUACCGCAGCAAAGAUCCAAUGACUCCUAGGCUUUAUGAAGACAUUCUUGAAGAGAUUGAACAGCUAGGGAUUUUCAAAUAUGGAGGGCUACCUCAUUGGGGUAAGAAUAGGAACUUGGCAUUUGAAGGAGCAAUCAAGAAGUACAAAAACUCAGGGAAAUUUUUUAAGGUUAAAGAGCGGUAUGAUUCACAAGGGCUUUUUUCUAGUGAGUGGACAGACCAAGUGCUUGGGCUGAAAGGAGGAUUGACAAUGCUGAAAGAUGGUUGUGCAUUAGAAGGUUUGUGCAUUUGCUCACAAGAUAGCCAUUGCAAUCCAAGCAAAGGCUACUUUUGCAGACCAGGCAAAGUCUACAAGGAAGCAAGGGUUUGUACUCAUCUUAGAUCCUAA